CAGAUUCAAAGACCAGAGUUUAUGCGAUAAUGAUAUAGCCUACUUAUUUGGUUUUGAUUACGAAAUGUGAUGGAGACUGUAUUUUUAUUAUAUGGAAUUUAAUUAUUGAAAUAUAUUUGACCAAAUAAAUAGUUGGCACUACAUAAGAAAUAAUAUGGAUAUAUUGAACGAGGAAAGGAGACGUUUGAAGUCACAGCCUGAACAAACCGCCCCAUUAGUAGAUUUGGAAAGAGAAAAUGUGUCUUCAAAGCCUCAAGUGGUUGCAUCGGUAGAUUUAACAGAAGCGGAAUCAGAAAUUAUUGUGCUGGAUGAAACUUUGAACCAGCUGAACACGACUCUCAGCAACCUCGAUGUCACACUGGGCGCCUUUGACGAUGUCGUCUACCUCGGCACUAUUAACCCAUCGAAAUCCCCCAGGAACCAAAUGAAAAAUUCUGAAAGUGAUGUGAAAAUUGUGAAUUCAAUGAAUAUUAGACAAGAUAAACUGUCCAACAAGAAUAAUGUCUAUAGUAGUAACCUGGUAACACCAGAUAAAAUAAAUUCCAUGCUGAGGAAAAGCAAACUCCGUAGAAAGAGUAAAAUAAAUAAAAUGUUGAAUUCUACAUUAACUGCUAAAAAUAAAAAGUUGAGAACAUCUAAAAAGACAAAAAGAAGUAGGACUUCAAGCUCACAAAGUAUAACAGAUGUUAGUAUGGACAAUUUACUCAAUGAAGAUAUGCCACCAACUAAGAAGAGGAAAUUAAAAAAAAUCAACAUUAAAUCUAUCACUGCUACACCACCAUCGAAACCUUUACCAGGUAACAUUUUAAAAUAUUAUGCAAAAAUAGAGAGUGCUUUUGAUAAGAUAAAGAAUAGCGACAAAAAGAAGAAAAAAUGUAAAAAUCUUACCCCUGCAAGCAAACUAAACAAACGCAAACAAGAUAUCAAGAAAAAAACAAAAUUAAAUGAUGUGGGUAAGAAAAAAAACAAAAAAUUGUCACCCCAAAAAAGAAUGGCUGUACAUGAAGAUUGUAUCAAGGUUAGAAGAGAAGCUAAUAUAUUCAAUCCGAAUCCGAUUGAUAUAGACAAGGAAGGCUUACGACCAAUAAUCAUUGAUGGAUGCAAUGUUGCAAUUGGACACGGAAGAGGUAAAUUUUCCGUGAAAGGAUUGCAGAUCUGCGUGGAUUAUUUUGUGAAUCGAGGCCACAACCACAUCAAGGUCUUCCUGCCACGUCACCGCCAGGCGCACUUCAAGGAGGAAGAGUUGAAUCUGUUGGAGAGGAAGUGUGAUGUCGUGUUCACGCCCAGUAGAAAAGUCAAUGGGGUCAUUAAAACAUCGUAUGACGACAGGUUUAUCGUACAGUACGCAGCUGAGUUUGAGGGAGUGAUUGUCUCCACUGACAACUACAGGGAUUUGUUAAUCGAGAACUCGAGGUGGCAUGAGACAAUACAACAGAGAUUACUCAUGUUUACAUGGGUUGAUGACUUGCUAAUGUUUCCCAUGGAUCCACUUGGACGGAAAGGACCUACACUUGAUCAAUUCCUAAGGUUUUAAGGUGCAAAACCUUGAUUCUUAAUAAGUUUUGUUUUAAUAUUUAUUUUUUAAAUUUUAGUUAUUCAUGUGCAUGCCUUAUUGGGUAUUAAAUGUUAUUCUCUAUGAUGUCACCGUAGAUUUUUCAUUUAAAGUUUACUAUUUAAGGGGGAUGAUUUGGAAGAAUAAUAGGAUUUUGGGCAAGAGACAUUGUUCACCUUUGGUGUGUAUGUACAGUAUGUGGGUGUUUCUCCUGUACUGAACUUUCAGGUGUGUAUUUGACUAUUUUAACAUGCAAUUUGUUUUCGUUGUUAAGUUUUGGAAAGUUCAUCACAAUGUACUAAUUUAGAAGUUAUGUUUGUAUAUAUGCUAACAUUUUGUAAAGUUUUUUUGGUACUUGAAAAGAACAGGUUUAGUUGAUUAAACAUAGUUUACUGUUAUCA